CCGUUAGCUCCCGGCGAGUCCCACGAGCCAAUGCCUAGAGAGAGUUUCCGCGCCGCGGCGGCCCUCCGGUUUCCCCGCGGGGCCGGGAGAGGCGAGGAGGACGGCGGGGACAUGGGGCCCGGGGACCUGCGGAAGGACACAUCUGACAUGUCAUUUGAAGAGCUGUUGGAACUGCAGAACCAAGUGGGGACUAAGACAUACAAACAGUUGGUAGCUGGAAACAGUACUAAGAAGCUAGGUUCCAGACCACCUGUCCAAAAUGUGUGUGUUGCAGAUAAGCACAGGCCUCUGGAAAUGUCAGCCAAGGUCCGGGUGCCAUUUUUGCGUCAAGUUGUUCCCAUCAGUAAGAAGGUGGCCCGGGACCCCCGCUUUGAUGAUCUGUCAGGGGAAUAUAAUCCUGAGGUGUUUGACAAAACGUAUCAAUUCCUGGAUGACAUCCGAGCCAAAGAGAAAGAGCUCGUGAAAAAGCAGCUGAAGAAGCACCGUUCGGGGCAGGAGCACGAGAAACUGCAGCAGCUGCUUCAGAGAAUGGAGCAGCAAGAAAUGGCCCAGCAGGAACGCAAGCGGCAGCAGGAGCUGCGCCUGGCCCUGAAGCAGGAGAGGCGGGCUCGGGCCCAGCAGGGCCAUCGGCCAUACUUCCUGAAGAAAUCUGAGCAGCGCCAGUUGGUCCUAGCUGAGAAGUUCAAAGAGCUGAAACGCAGUAAGAAGUUAGAGAGCUUCUUGAGUCGAAAGAGGCGCCGAAAUGCAGGCAAGGACCGGAGACAUCUCCCUUUGAGCAAAGAGUAAUAAGGAACUAUUCUCAGCUCUGCCCCUGCCCCAGUGAGAAAUGGAUCUAUGGGGACAACUUGGGCGUGGCCUCUUCUGGUUCUUUUCUAUGCAAGGGCAAGGAUCAUAGCUGCCCUUGAGCUAGAUUGGCUCAAAGAUGACUAAAGGGCUCUUGGACUGCCCCAGGGUGGGACAAGAAGAGCAGCCCAACCUUCUGUCAUGGCACAUUUUCUCUGCUUGGAUCUGGUUCAUUACGGCCUCAUGUCUUCCCAUCCUUGCUUUAAACCAGUGAUCGUGGUAUAGAAGAAAAAAGGCCAGUGAGUGAGUGAGUGAGCUUGAGGCUGGUGAAGGCUGUGAAGUGUGUCGACAGCUCCCAGUGCUGGGACUUUAUGUAAGAGCCAAAUCAUAAACAUUCCUGUUACUCUUCUUUUUAUUCUUUUUUUUGGUGGGGUUUUCGAGCAGCCUAGAUACGGUUUCACUGGGCCGCCUGUGGGGGCUGGCAGCAAACUUAAGGCUCCCCAUAAAGUGGGAAGUCAGACCAGAGACCCCUCCCACUUAACCCUCAAAGAAGACAGGAUCAUUGCAAGAGGAAACCACUCC